CCUCCAUCGAGCCACGUGUUUUUAAAGUUUUCAAAACAUUCCAAAAAUUUUCAGCAAAAAGUGAAUUUUCUCGAAUUUUAUCGAUUUUAAAGGCAGAAUUCUCAGAUAAAUUGCAAUGGGAAGAACAAAGAAAUCCCCCAUGAAGAGAAUGGAGACAUCUCAGGAAGAAAAUACGGAGAAAAUGGUCACAGAAGCUACAAGUAAUCCUCCAGUGGAGAGUAGUUCCUCAGACAGCAAAACAACAGAUAAAUCCGCCACAGGAAAGAAAAAGGCUGCUGCUUCCCUUCCCCGAGGAAUUCCAAAGAGUGGAAGAGUGUGGAAGACUCAGAAGCAAAAGUUCUCAACAAUCAAGAAAUCCCUCAAUAGGGGUUCAUUUGAGAAGAAGGAACAACUGAGGCAGGAAAUAAAGCAAAUCAAGGAACUCUCACGAUCAAUCAAGGAGCAAAAGAAGCAGGAGAAGGAGCAACUGAAGCAGAGACGUGAGGAGAAUGAAAGGCGAAAGCUGGAGAAUCAGCAAAAGUCCGAAAUUGUUCAGAUUAUCAAAAACCCCGCAAAGUUGAAGAGGAUCCGGAAGAAGCAGCUGAGAAUGAUUGAAAAGCGUGAUUUGAGCAAAGUUAAGGCCAUUUAAUAAAGAACACAGAAACAGACUUAAAAAAAAA